AUGCACAGUGAGACUGAAACUUUUGAAUCGAAACUCGCCUUACCACACGUAUGCUCUUCGUAUGAAUGCCUGCAGAAUGCAACGAACAUCGUCAACCAGUCAAUAUACAACUACUCCUGGCCGGAGCACAGCCUGGUAUGCGUCAUCGAAACAUCGUCAGAGGACUUUGUUGGCUCAACUUUAUUUCAAAUAUGUGUAUACUUUAUGUACAGUGCAGUGUUUGCUGUAGCUCUCUUAGGUAAUGGACUAGUAUGUUUUGUGGUCCACACCACUCCCCAGAUGAAAACAGUGACGAAUUAUUUUAUAGUGAACCUAGCGGUUGGUGAUAUUUUUAUGACUCUAUUCUGUGUUCCGUUCUCUUUUGUUCCAAUGUUAGUGUUGAGAUACUGGCCAUUUGGCGAGGUGAUGUGUAAAAUAGUCAACUAUUCCCAGACAGUUUCAGUGUUAGUGAGUGCUUAUACACUCCUUGCAAUAUCCAUAGACCGGUAUAUAGCUAUUAUACAUCCGCUGAAACCCAGAUUAGGGAAAGCCGCAGCAAAAAUGAUAGUUGUGGCGGUAUGGACUGGUGCUUUGGCUACCGCAGCCCCAAUACCGAUUGUGUCGCAGCUUUUAAGACCUUCUGCGUGGCAUGAAGCCUGUCAAGUGGAUAUAUGCAGCGAACAAUGGUCAAACGUCAAGCAAAGUGAACAGUACACUUGCGCACUACUUGCACUUCAGUUUGCACUUCCAUUAGGUGCAUUGGUAUGCACCUAUACAAGAAUAGCACACAUUGUGUGGGGAGGGCGGCCACCCGGCGAAGCGCAAACUCUCAGAGACUCGAGAAUGCAGCAUUCCAAAAGAAAAUCUCUAUACGGUCCUGAUUGCUUUGUUUUCGCUCGCCUGAUAAUUCCAUAA